AUGGAUGAAGAUUCAAAGGGUGCUUCAAACAAACUCUGGAGGAAACUGGAGCUUGGAGAUCACAUCUACACAUGGAAGGGAGGCGAUACAAAAUCUUAUCAUGGGAUAUAUAUCAGUGAUGAGAACGUGAUCCACUUUGAUUGUCAUGUUGUGGUCACUUCAUCCAUAGAAGAUUUUCUUUCUGGUGGAGAUGUCUAUCUCUUUGAAUAUGGUGUCAAUCCAGCUCUCUUCCUCACCAUAUUCCUGGAACAUAAUUCCACCCUUGCCUCUGCUAAUCCACCUCAAGUUGUUCAGGACUGUGCGGCCUUCCUUCUCAACAAUGGCUCCUACAGUGACUACUACCGCUUCAUAAACAACGAUGAAGACUUUGCAAUGUACUGCAAAACAGGAUUGCUUGUAGUAGACAGCAUUGUUUUCAGCAGAAGUUGGCAAACAACAUUUUUCUUGGCUGUUAUUACUGCUGUCUUUCUUUCUCUAUUGCAACUCGCCCCUGCUACUUUUACUGGUCUGGCAGCCAGAUGUCUUGGCAUUUACUAUGUUUGUAGAUUGGCUUCUGACAUCGGAGCUCGUCGUAAUGUUGUCAACAUUGAAGCAGAGAGUUUGCCAGUGGUUGAUGAGAUAUUGGCUUCUGGUGGUUUGGGCCGUAUUGAAUUCUUAAUUGACCUGUUUUUAAGAAUACUAAUGUUUGCUUUUGCCUUUUUCUGUUUGCUAUUAAGUCUACUGGGCAGUAUUUGGAAUAGUAAUUUUCUGGCUUUGCUCUCCAUAUGA